CCAACAGCUUCACAAUCUCUCUCUCCUCCUCUUUCUCUUCCUCAACAUGACAUCAAGAACAACCGCAAGACUUCCUAGUCUCAUUAGCAUUCUUUUCCUUGUUUCUCUCGUUUUCUCAGGGAAUAUACUACAAAUUGUAACGUCUCUUGGCAUCAACUACGGACAAGUUGGGAACAAUUUGCCUUCACCGGAUAAAGUUAUUAACCUCUUGAGAUCUCUAAGGAUCACCAAAACAAGAAUCUACGACACUAAUCCUCAAAUUCUUAGUGCCUUUGCAAAUUCAGACAUAGAGAUCAUCGUCACCAUAGAAAAUCAAGUUUUAACGUUGUUACAAGAUCCUCAACAAGCUCUCCAAUGGGUUGAUUCUCAUAUCAAACCAUAUAUUCCGGCCACAAGGAUCACCGGAAUCAUGGUCGGAAAUGAGCUUUUCACCGACGAAGACUCUAGUUUAAUCGGAUACAUGAUGCCAGCGAUGAUCAACAUCCACAAAGCCUUGGUCCAAUUAGGUUUAGACAGAUACGUUCAAGUCUCCUCUCCAAGUUCCCUCGCAGUCCUUGCCGAAUCUUAUCCUCCAUCAGCCGGUAGUUUUAAGCCGGAGGUUUCCUCCGUGAUGCAACAACUUUUACAAUUCUUGGAAGCUACGAGAUCUCCCUUUUGGAUCAAUGCGUACCCUUACUUCGCCUACAAAGACAACCCCGACAAAAUCCCCAUAGACUACGUCCUAUUCAACCGUAACGUCGGCAUGACCGAUCCCAACACAAGACUACAUUACGACAACAUGAUGUAUGCUCAAGUCGACGCGCUUGCUUUCGCUGCUGCGAAACUAGGGUACCGUAACAUAGAAGUUAGGGUUGCGGAAACAGGGUGGCCAUCAAAAGGAGACGCUGGAGAGGUUGGAGCGUCUCCUGCGAAUGCUGCCACGUAUAACAGGAAUCUUAUGAUGAGACAAUUCGCCGGAGAAGGCACUCCGGCUAGACGGAACUCGAGGCUAGAUGUUUAUAUAUUCGCCUUGUUCAAUGAGGAUAUGAAGCCGGGUCCUACUUCUGAGAAGAACUAUGGCAUAUUUCGACCCGAUGGAUCAUUGGCUUACAACUUGGGAUUCUCUACGAUGUCUACGACGACUGCGAAUUCACAAUCUGUCACUUAUUCAUCCUCUGCCACUAAGGCAGUGAAUAGGACCACGGCGACCUUGGAGUGUUGGACAAUUUUGAUAUUGGCGAUGAUUCAAGUUGUAAUAUCAAGACUAUUUUAGAGGGGAAUUUAUUGAGUAUAUAUAUAAUAAUUUGAAUUGGUUAGGAGAUAAGUAUCUAUGUAAACAAUUUAAUUAUUUAAGUUCGAUAAAAAUAAUUUCAUAUUCGA